GGGGCCCGGGUUCCAGUUGGUGCGGAGCAGCCGCGAGCGGAGCUCCCGCUCGGGACCGCAGCGGCAGGCGACGUCGCGGCCACCUCCUCUGCACCCUGACUUCUGCCACUCGGGAGCAGGGAUCCACUCCUUCCCGGUCUCCCUUUGUCCAGUCCCCCCAUCCGCUCCCUCCCCCACCCCUUCUCCCAUCCCCUACCCUGCGACACCCUCCCUCCUCUGUCCCUCUCCCCUUGUCCCCGCUCUGGUGCCUCUAGCCAGCGCGCUGCACACCCCUUGGACGAUCAGCACCCCGUGUUCUCCGAGGGCGAUCCGCACCCUGUGCACCCCUUUCUCUCCUUCAGCUCCAUCUCACCGCCCGCCUGGCUUCUCGCUCUCCGGCGGCUCCCGGCUCCUAUCCCGAGUGGGUUGCGCGUGGGGCAGCCGCCUGGUCAUGUCAGGAUGGAGAUCCGGCAGCACGAGUGGCUCUCGGCCUCCCCCCACGAGGGCUUCGAGCAGAUGAGGUUGAAAAGCCGCCCCAAGGAACCCUCGCCCAGCCUGACCCGAGUGGGCGCGAACUUCUACAGCAGUGUCAAGCAGCAGGACUACAGCGCCAGCGUCUGGCUCCGAAGGAAAGAUAAACUAGAACACUCGCAGCAGAAGUGCAUCGUGAUCUUCGCUCUGGUCUGCUGCUUCGCUGUUCUGGUCGCGCUCAUCUUUUCAGCGGUGGACAUCAUGGGAGAGGAUGAGGAUGGACUCUCAGAGAAGAAUUGCCAAAAUAAAUGUCGAAUUGCUCUUGUGGAAAACAUCCCUGAAGGCCUUAACUACUCUGAAGACGCCCCGUUUCACUUGCCGCUCUUCCAAGGCUGGAUGAACUUACUCAACAUGGCCAAAAAGUCUGUGGACAUAGUGUCUUCCCACUGGGACCUCAACCACACUCACCCAGCUGCAUGUCAGGGUCAACGUCUCUUUGAGAAAUUGCUCCAGCUGACGUCGCAAAAUAUCGAAGUCAAACUGGUGAGCGACGUGACUGCAGAUUCAAAGGUAUUAGAAGCCUUGAAGUUAAAGGGUGCUGAGGUGACAUACAUGAACAUGACCGCCUACAACAAGGGCCGGCUACAGUCGUCCUUCUGGAUUGUGGACAAACAGCAUGUGUACAUUGGCAGUGCAGGCUUAGACUGGCGAUCUCUUGGACAGAUGAAAGAACUCGGUGUCAUCUUCUACAACUGCAGCUGCCUGGUCCUAGAUUUACAAAGGAUAUUCGCUUUAUAUAGCUCAUUAAAAUUCAAGAGCAGAGUACCUCAGACCUGGUCCAAGAGACUCUAUGGAGUCUAUGACAAUGAGAAGAAGCUUCAGCUCCAAUUGAACGAAACCAAGUCACAGGCCUUUGUGUCGAACUCUCCCAAACUCUUCUGCCCUAAAAACAGAAGCUUUGACAUUGAUGCCAUCUACAGCGUGAUUGACGAUGCCAAACAGUACGUGUACAUUGCAGUCACCGACUACCUGCCUAUCUCCAGCACGAGCACCAAAAGGACUUACUGGCCAGAUUUAGAUGGGAAGAUAAGAGAAGCAUUAGUUUUACGAAGCGUUAAAGUCCGGCUGCUCAUAAGUUUCUGGAAGGAGACUGAUCCUCUCACAUUCAACUUCAUUUCGUCUCUUAAAGCUAUUUGCACUGAAAUAGCCAACUGCAGUUUGAAAGUUAAAUUUUUUGAUCUGGAAAGAGAGAAUGCUUGUGCAACGAAAGAACAAAAGAACCAGACCUUUCCCAAAUUAAACCGCAACAAAUACAUGGUGACAGAUGGGGCGGCUUACAUCGGAAAUUUUGACUGGGUUGGGAAUGACUUUACCCAGAACGCUGGCACGGGUCUUGUCAUCAACCAGGCAGAUGUGAGAGACAACAGGAGCAUCAUUAAGCAACUGAAGGACGUGUUUGAGAGGGACUGGUAUUCACCUUAUGCCAAAUCCAUACAGCCCACCAAACAGCCGAACUGUUCAAGCCUGUCCAAACUCAAGCCUCCCUCCAACCAACCUGCCAUUGCCAAUGCCACUGGGAGGGAGCCGCUGAGCGUAUAGCUCACUAACAGACACACAAGGCUUCAGACCAAAUGCAGGAAGGACUAGAGGAAAGACAACAAUUUACUACAUCUUUUCUUUUAUUAAGGAGAAAUAAAAAGCACACUUAUUUAAAAAUGUUCUCUGAAUGACAUGUAAUAUCUAGCUAACAACAUCUUAGCACCGUAUAUUAAAUUUAAGACUUUUGUAUCUAUGAGCUCUGACAGAGAAUGUUGUUCUGGCGUAGGAGUUAGUUUUUAACGACUGCAAACACAUUUUACGACUUGGUUCUUGUCUCCUGAUUCUUACUGGUUUUAGAACCUUUUCUGCUGACACACCUGCACUGGUUUUAAGAAGAAUAACAUGAGGUGAGCCCUUUCCUUAAAUAUUGCUGAAUUCUGGAAUUAGAGGAAGGGGGGAGAAGAUGCAGACAGAAGCAAGCAUCUGCCCUGACACAUCACCUCAAAGACCUAUCCAGGCAGCUGAACACAGGCGCCUCCAUUUCUUGCCAGCCUUCAAGACUACUGAAAAACACUCGUUUCUGUCCCCUUGUUCCUUGUCUUCUGAUACCAGGGUUUUUUGAGGGUGUCAGUCUGUCUUCUGACAAACAUGUUCUUGUUUUACAUCAUUCCUGGAUCCACCUCAGCACUAGUUCCAAGAGUGAGAAUGUCUUGGGGAAUGAUAGGAAUUCCCCAGAAUGUAUACAGAAUGGAAAUCAGUCUUUCACUUUCUCCUUUCAAUUACAUUUUUCUCCAUCUUAAAUUGGUUAUUUUUUAAAACCACAGUCUUUCUCAUAUAUAUAUAUACCAUUUCCUCAAGCUAAAAAAAAAAAAAAAAAUGAAGUGCCCCUGCUAAUACCCAGCAAGCCAUUAAGUCUGCAUUUGAAGAAUAAAGCAGUUUCACAUUUGUGUUUGGUUAACAGUAUUAUAAAGGAAAGGUCUAUGCGUCGGUGGAUUUUAAUUUAUUUAGAAUUAUUAUGCUGUUAAGAGUAUGCCAGCAAAUGUUUAUAAUAGAGCUAUUUAAUAUACCUUCUGCUAUUUAAUAUAUCAAAUGCUUUUCAGACAAAUGCAAUUUAAAUACUGUGCUUAACAUAUUUUACUAAGAAACAGAAAUAUUGGAUUACUGUUCUAUAAUGUCAUUGUGUGUUGUUGUUUUAUAUCUAUAUAAUAUAUAAUCCUGUAUUAACAGAGACUGUUGCUACAUGAGAGAGGGGUGACCUCUUCAGGGCCAGAGCAAAUGGCCUAUACCCAGUGUGGCUCCUGACUCCAUGCUCAGAACAGAGCCCUUCCCUCUUUGGCCUCGGUUUUCUAUUGUUAAUGUAGACAAUAAUACUCACCUACCUCGCUAGGAUGCUGUCAUGGUAGGCGAUAUUUAUAAGUUGUUUUUGAAAUCAAAAGAACCUAUAUAAAUGCUAAGCAUUAACAUUGCAUAAUCUUUUUCUUGAAAUAAUCUCUGUGUGGUGUCCUGGUAGCACCGAUACCAGGCGCUCUCCCGAAGAAUCCAGAGGGGAAAAUAAAGCACCUUCUAUUU